AUGAAGGUCUUGCUCUUGAUGGUCUUGUUCUCAGUGGUCUAUGCCAUGAAACCAGUUCCUUAUUCUAAGGAUUAUUCAGAGUUACACGGAGUAUGGUAUGUAAAAGCCUGGGUGGGAAAUGUGGACAUUCCUGAAGAUAAGAAGCAUGAGAAAAUACCUGCCUUCACUAUCAGGCCUAUUACUAAGGAUAAAAUGGAGGCCAAAUUAAACCUUAGGAAGAAUGGCCGAUGUGAAGAAAUUAAAUUAUCUCUAGAGAGAACAAAUCAACCUGGGAAAUUGCUCACCUGGGGGAGGCAGACUGUCAAUGUAUUGGAUAUGGAUAUGGCAGGCUACUUGAUUUCAUAUAUAGAAAGCAAGAUGAAUGGGAAAAAUAUCAUGAUGAUGGAACUCAUGGGUAGAAAACCAGAAAUGAAUCCUCAAGCUUUUCAGAUAUUUAAGGACUUUGUCAAGUCUAAAGGACACGAUCCAGAACAAAUCAUCAUUCCUGAAAUAGAGGUUAACUGUGCUACAGGACAACUUUAG